GUCACGUGACUGAGGCAAGCCCGGGUAAUUCAAAAAAAUUAUAAAUCUAACUAAUUGUAAACAAAUGGCCCCUUUAAAGUUUCGGAAGAUUGCAGUAUUGGGGUAUAGAUCAGUCGGAAAGUCAUCGCUAACAAUCCAAUUUGUAGAAGGACAAUUCAUCGAAUGCUAUGACCCUACAAUUGAGAAUACUUUUAAUAAAACCAUAAAUUUUGAUGGACAAGACUUCUAUCUGCAACUGGUGGAUACUGCUGGACAGGAUGAGUAUUCUAUGUUCAGCCGGUCCCACACUGUGGAUGUUCAUGGCUAUGUUUUGGUUUACUCUGUAACGUCAAUGAAAAGUUUUGAAGUGAUUAAGGUGAUUCGCAGUAAACUACUAGAUAUGGUGGGAAAGAUCCACCGGCCAUCAUCUCCACAUUAUGCUCCACCUCUUGAACCUCCCUGUUUUUGCCAGAUGUGCAGAAUACCAACAGUGCUGGUUGCAAACAAGAGGGAUCUUUCUAAACAAAGGGUGGUGCAGACUGAAGAGGGGAAGAAGCUUGCAGAUUCCUGGGGGGCUGCUUUCUUGGAAUCCUCAGCAAAACAGAAUGAUACUACAGUACAAAUCUUCAAAAUGAUGAUCCAAGAAAUUGAAAAAGCUGAUGGAUGUACACAAGACAAGAAAUGUGAUAUGAUGUAGCGUGGUUUGUGGAAAUGACGUUUCUCUGGAUAGCCAAGAAGAUGGGCACCUAUGAAUUUGUUUUCAAACCUAACCAUUUGGCAAAUGGUUAUCCUAUAGUCAAAUUGCUAGCACAGAGGUCUACUACAACCGUUUUGCACUAAUCAACUUAUUGUUACAUUAGUACUAUCUUGGUUAUUUGUGCCUUCUUUUAUAGUUUGUAAUAGUCUUAACAUCAAUAUAGGUUCCAAAAGAUGAGAUGAAAGGAGGGAAACGUACCAAUUUUGCUCUGCAGAAAUACUUAUGAAACAAUCUUAUUUGGGAAUGUAUUUAUCA